AUGGAAGCUAGCACUCAACCCUUCUCAGAUCCAGAUGAUUCUCUCAUUUCCAUUUUCAGGGUAUUCUUACCUCCCACUGCUCUCCCUCACCUCAAGACACUACAUUCAGAGUCUCUUGUGCUUGCAUGCACUCUAGUCCCUAGAAGACAAAUAACACACUUGUGGGUCCCUGGAGCCACUUUUGCAGUGCUUGUCACAUCAGAUAUUGGCCCAGUGCUGUCGUUGAGGAUAGCCCUUGACCUCCCACCCCAUGCCCUUACAGACGUUCUAUUGUCCAUUUCACAAAACCUUCUGGGACUCAGGGUGCUGGGAUUCUUACCUGCAAGCAUUCUUGAUCCUAUGAAUGAUGACAAGGUCUCGAGUCUCAGUGCCAAGACGGGCCCUGCAUCUCCACUGCCGUGCUUCAGACACCUACAUACAAUUUGCUUAUGGUCCACUCCGUCUCGGCGAGCAGUCAUCAGCCUUGAGAACUCGACUAAUCUGCCCGCACUCUGUACACUCGCCUGCCUGCAUUUCUCCCCAGCGUUCGAGUGGCUCUGCCUUCCUCUCAAUGAAACCGAUGGAGGGACGUCUGGAGGUUACCAUGGCGGUAUCCAGUGGAAGCACGAGACUGGAGUAGAAGGCAAAAUUAGUGCACGCAGACGCUUGACAGCCGUUCAUGACCCCGAGAAUCAACUUUGGCACGACGUUUAG